AGAGGAGGGGGAGAGACGGGGACAUUCAGCGCGUAAUUAAUCCAAGCCAGUGCGUCCGCGCUGCCCGCUGUCAGUGUCAAGGUGCCCCGACGGCUCACUGGGAGGGAGUCUGGCGCUACAGUCUUUGCCUGUAAGCCAGUGAUUUCAUUUAUGACUAGGACACACCGGAAGAAUGACUAAUGUGUACACUGGCUGAGCACGUCUUUGGAGGUUGCUUGACAGUCCGUUUGCACAUGCCGCGCGACAGUCUUCAAAGACGGGAGAGAAGCGGGACAGCACGCCCCUGACGUGAUUAUUACUCCUUACAUUUGUUUCUAUACGCGGACAUUUGGAAGCGCGCAAAUUCGUGAAAGUAUCAGAGAACAACAUACUGAAAGGGAAAGUGAUGGCUCCCUCUGACUCUCGUGGCUUCUCCGUGGAUUUGUGUCUCCUGUUGCUCACCUUGCUACGAGCUUCCCUUACAGAUGCGUUUAAUCUGGACGUGCGCUUCCCAAUUGUCAAAGAAGGCAGUACCAAUGGCAGUUUAUUCGGACUGUCGGUGGCGUUUCAUAAACAAACACAAGGAGUGGAGCGGUACCUAGUAUUGGUGGGAGCCCCCAAAGAGACAUCAACACUUCCUGAUGCUGCAGCCAAUCAGACGGGAGAUGUGUUCUUCUGCCCAAUCAGCACGGACCGCAGUGAUUGCGGCAGGAUGCACCUGGCCACAUCAGAACCAUUUGAUAGCAAAACUGAGAUUUUGGAUGGCAUGUGGCUGGGUGUGUCUGUGGCCAGUCAGAACAUCACUAAUGGCCGUGUUCUGGCCUGUGGGCACCGCUACGUGAAGAAGGUGUAUGACGAGACCCGGUACAGCAUGAUCGGCCGCUGCUACGUGCGCAGCAACAGCAUGCAGCUGGACCUGGACGACGGGCACUGGGAGGACUACUACGAGGUCUGCAGCCCACUGACCCUCCACACCGAGGAGGGCCAGUGCACGCUGGGCAUCUCCGCCCUCAUCACACGGGACGAGGUGGUCGCCGGCUCGCCCGGGAGUUACGACUGGCAAGGCAACACACAUACGAUUUGGAGGAGUCCAGAUGAUGAUUACACGAUUGUUGCAUCAGGUUUUGAACCCAACGACACCAGGCGCAACAUCUACAUGGGCUACGCCGUGGCGAAGGAGAAAGGUGUCCUGAGCCAGACCGAAGACACGCUGAUAACAGGAGCCCCCAGAGAUGGACCACAAGCAAUCCUAGCCACAGGUUCAGUGAUGUUGAACUUGGUGAAGAGUGUGAAGAAUCCAUUGGCCAUUGGCAAUAACAGCCUCUACGGGGAGCAGGUGGGCUCUUACUUUGGCAGCAGCAUCGCCGUGGCCGACCUCAACAACGAUGGGUGGAAGGAUUUGAUUGUGGGUGCUCCCUUUUACUUUGAUCGUCUGAAAGAAGGGGGUGCCGUGUACAUCUACAUGAAUCAGAAUGGCUUUUUCCAAAACAAGUAUGACGUUGCGCUGCGGGGACGCGAAGACUCUGCAUUUGGAAUGGCCGUGGCAGCCAUCGGUGACAUCGACCAAGACGGCUUCCAAGACUUUGCUGUAGGCGCCCCUUACCACGACGGCGGCAGCGUCUUCAUCUACUCGGGCAGUGCAAACGGCGUCUCCCCGGAACCCCGCCAGGAGAUCAAAGGGAAGGACAUCACAGGCGGUGGCUUCCGUACCUUUGGCUACUCCGUGUCUGGGGGCAUGGACAUCGACGACAACAGCUACCCAGAUGUGGUGGUGGGCUCCCUGGACGAUCGCAUCGCCGUGCUCAGGGCUCGUCCAGUUAUUCGUCUCAAGACUGACUUCAGUGUGACUCCAGAGAUUGUGGACUCGGAGAAUUGUGUUGACUGUGUGGAGGCGAAGGUGUGCCUCUCCUACCACCUCGGCACGGGCGAGAGUGGCAAGAGAAACGUCACUGUGGAGUUUGCGCUGGUUGCCGACGUGACCCGCCACACCCCCCGUCUGGAGUUCCUGGACAGCGGCAGCAACAAACUGGCCGGCGUCUUUUACAUGCCCUCGCAAAAAUGCCGCCUCUUCAAGCUCAGACUCAAGAACAAGCCUAUCAAAGACAAGUUGUCGGAGGUGAAGUUCUCCAUAAACAUGUCGCUGUAUGAACCCAAACCCGAGGCCCGCGGGCUACAGGACCUGGGUGCCUACCCUGUGCUCAGCGAGGGGAAGUCCAUUGUCACCAAAUAUGAGAUCCAUUUUCAAAAGGCCUGCGGCAUAGACAACAAGUGCAACAGCAACUUGAAAAUGACUGCACAGUUUGCCAGCUUCGCUAAUGACCAGCCUCUUGAAGAUGCUGAGGGUCAUCAGAUCUUCAAGUACAACUCAAGGGUUAAGAAGCUGGUGCUGCGUGUUGACAUCACCAACCCAGACAAGAGCGUCGAUAAGCAUGCCGAAGACGCACACGUCACCGUCCUCAACAUCACAGUGCCUCCUGCCCUCCAGUACUCCUCCGUCAACCCUAAGAAUCUCAUCUGUUCCGGAUCAGACCUGGGGCUUCUGUGUGAGUUUACCAACCCGAUAGGCAGAAACCAGGAGAUUCAAGUGGAGAUCGUCUUCGAGACGUCUGGCAUCAAUCUGGAUACGCGAAACAUCAGCGCUGAGAUCCAGAUGUCUACAUUGAGUGAGCAGAGUCCCAUCCCUCCCAUAGCCCUGCUGCUGCUGGUGGAGUAUCUGCUACAACCGGUCUUCAUCAUACUGCCACGGGAGUCCACGACCUUCUUCAGCGGCAAGGUCACGGGCGAGUCGGCCAUGGAGACGACCAGCGAUGUGGGAAGCCCUCUGAAAUUCACCUUUGAAGUGAAGUUGGUGGGGAGACCGCUGGGGAGUCUGGGCACUCUCCAGGUCGCCUUUGAUUGGCCCUUUGAGGUGUCUAAUGGGAAAUGGCUGCUGUACCUGACCAAAAUCUCAACCGUGGGCACCUCCGGCCCCUGCGUUCCCCCAGAGAAGGCCGUGGUCAAUCCCCUGAGGCUCCAGCUGACGGACGAGCUGAGUCGUCGGCGGAGGCGCGAACUGACCUCCCUGGAGGGUGGAGAAGGGCAGGAGGCGUACGGGGAGGAGGAGGGGGAGGGGGAGAGCCUCCAGGCAGACCAAGCCCUCUCCCAGGCCCCUAUGAAGGCCAUCAGGACCCGCAAGAAGCUCAUCAGUCUGAGCUGCGACAGGGGAGCCAAGUGCCGCACCUUCACCUGCCCCCUGAGAGACAUGAACACCAGCGCCACGGUUACCGUCUACGCCCGCCUGUGGAACAGCACCAUGCUGGAGGAUUACACUGAUGCGUAUCGAGUGAAAGUGACGAGCCAAGCCACCCUCAGCCUGCAGACAAGCAAAGCCACCGUCAUCAUGAAGCCGGAGACACAAGCGUUCACGCUGAACAUCGAUGCGGACGGGGAGGAGGAGGCCCCGAGCGAGGCGCCGCUCUGGAUCAUCGUGGUGUCGGUGCUGGCCGGAGUACUGCUGCUCGCACUCAUCAGCAUACUGCUGUGGAAGUGUGGCUUCUUCAAGAGGGCUAGCACCAGAGAGCUGUACGAAGCCAAAGAACAGAAAGCUGAGAUGAGGACCCAGCCUUCGGAGCACGAUCGGCUCACCGACGACAUCUAGCGCCGCCCGCCGUGGUGGGGGGCCCCUGUGAGGAGGAGGGUGGGGGCCCCCGUGGCUCUUGCACUGUAGUCCUUGGUGUGGUUUCUUCAAGCGGAGUGCCCACUUCCGAGACCUGCCUACGCACCACGGUGUGCAGAUGGGCAAGGAGCAGCGAUAUCGCCUCAGCGAGGGCUUCCUCGUCGAGGACAACUCCUCCUCCUCCUCCUCCACCACCAAGAAGCACUGGAUCACUCACUGGACUGAAGACACACGCUGUUGCUAACACACUUUUCCUUUCAUUUUGAAAAGCUUUAAAACUCCCAUACACUGACCAUUUGCAAAAACAACAUGGUCAGUGUGCGGGAGUUUUAGCUAUAGCUUUUCUGAGCAGUGACUUAUGGGUUAUCUCCAGUGCACCUGCUGGCUGAGAUGUGUGGGGAAAAAAACACAAACUUAUAUUAUUUUAUUUUAUUUUAUUUACAACUAGCAGGUGCGUUGGAGAUGACCCAUAGGUCAUUUAUCAGACAUAAAACUAUAAAGCUCCUGCACACUGACCAUUUUGCUUUUACUUACUUAGGUGCCGUUUCCACGUAGCUGGAUAUUUUUAUAUGUGGAUAUUUUUUUCUCCUGCUUGUAUUGGUUUUGCAUUGGUUUUGGCCUUCCGUUUCCACGUAGCAGAUAUUUAAAAAUCCAGGUGCAGGAGAAAAAAAUAGCAGGAGAAAAAAAUAUCCUGUUUAGGGGUCUGAAACGCAUUUGUUACAAUGGAGGAUUUUUUUUAUCCACAUGUUGCGUUUCCACGUAGCAGGAGAAAAAAAUACCCUGCUAAAAAAAUAUCCUGCUACGUGGAAACAGCACCUUACUCACAACAUUUCGGUCUUAGGCCUUUUACCUGACAAAGGACUAACACAGAAACGUUGUGAAUAAGGGAAAAGCAAAUUGGUCUGUGUGUUUGAGUUUUAUCUUUUUUCUCACAUACCGUACUGUAGCCUUGUGUUUUGAUUUGAUUUAAAAAAGGCAGACUCAACUUUAGGUGGCCCGGCCACUGUGUUGGCCAAUCACAUUUGGAGACGCUUCCUUCCUCCUCACUCUGGUGGCCUGUAGUUAAACGUGUGCAUUAAUACUGUUUUAAAGGGGCUCUAUGUAGGAUUAAAAAUUCAAUUAAUCACUGUUCCGAGUCAGCCAAUGCUUAUUUGAGUCAUUAGUAAGUGAACAAUGAUUCUCACGACCACUUUGACAGUCUGUCCGCUGGUCAUGGGAAACACUUUUCAUACGAAAAAUGGCUUUACAUACCGUAUUCAGAUUUGUAUCAACUGCUGGCAUUCUGUGAUGAAAAACAUUCUCACAGCGAGCUUAUUUAAACAGCAUUUUUUCAUGAUGGUGUAGAUUUUGAGACAGGCAUGCCACGGGCACCGCCCAAACUACGUAAUCCUACCUUGUGCCCCUUUAAAAACAUGGGAUAUUUGCUAUUGAGAUCCAGUCUCAAUGGUAGAAAUGUCCCAUGCCAAGCCAAAUAAAUUUGAUACUUUUUUUUUUAGACGUCUGUUUGUAUUUGUAUAUUGUGACUUGUCAUUUUGUUGUGUGGGUGUGUUUGUUAGGCUCUUCUUGUACAACAUGCAGUACCUCUAUGUACAUUUUGUGUGUGAAAAUUCGGUAACACUUUACUUGACGCUGGUGUCAUA